CUCUCUCUCUCUCUCUCUGGAGAAUAGUGUGACCAGUUCUCCUCUGCCUCUUGGGUUUCUUCUCUUCUCUGUGCGCGCACAAUCUUCCACAAAACCUCACACGCUCCCCACCCACCGCCCAUAUCUGCUACCCAAGAGUCCAUUGGUCCAACAGCAUCACCCUGUGCCUCCUCUGUUCUCCGUCUUGUUCUUGCCCGAGAGCAACCGUAGAUCAGUCCAGACAAACUAGCAAAACAACCAUAGAUCAGUCCAGACAAACUAGCAAGCCUUUGAAGAUCUCCUCUUGCUGCAAGAAUCCAAGAGAAGGGUGUUUUGUUAGAACAAGUUCAUCGCCUGCCUUGCCUUGCCAGCCAGCCUCUGCGUCGUUGCAGGCACCGAGAGGAAAGAUGGUCUCACUCGAUUUAUUUCUGCUACUCGCAGCUCUGUGAUUAGAGCUAUUGGGUCAGGCUGCGGGCUGCCUGGAUCCUGGAUGGGCAGGCCUAGAGGUGGGAAGGCCAAGGAAUCGAUGGAAGCUGCGAAGAACGAGGACGCCGGUAGCGCGGGCGAGGAGGUGAUCCCAGCCUACAAGAGGAGGGGACGGCCACAGAAGCUUCUCAAGCACGACGCCGAUGAGGAAGAGGACACCGCCAAGGUUGAAGACGACGGCGACGGCACAAAAGAAAAGAUUGCGCCACGCAAGGAGUCGACGGGCGCAGCCGGGAACGGAGGGAAGAAGAGGCGGCGGCAGUCGAAGCGCGGCUCGGAGUCAGCAACGGAGGAGAAGGGCGGCGCGCCGGCGAGGGCGCCGACCGGAUUCCGGCAGAAUGGGAGCCGGCGGAAGAGCACCCCGCGGAGAGCUGCAGAGGCGGGGGUGGAGAGCAAGUGAGGCUUGAAGACUGAAGAAGUGUGUGACGUAAUGAGGAACUGCCUAAUUGCAGCAAGUAGUUAUGUACUAGCUUGAAAAUUGCACCAUUAGUGGUAGCUUUUAGGUUUAUGAGUUACUGUGAUAUUAUGGAUAUUAGGGGCUUAUGUCAAGUUAAUUCUAUAGCCAGGGCACAUGGAUUAAAAUUUUC